UGGCGUCUGCUCAGUCCGUACAAAGAGGACAAGUUCCAGUGGAAUAUCAUUUCUGUUGACUAUUCUAUUCACUGCAUAACAAUAUUCUUUCUGAAAAAGAUCGAGAACGAAAAGGUUUAUGGCAAUGCUGCGAUUCAAUGCUUCUUUUAUUUCAACUUUUUGGGAGGAUAUUGUCAAACCUCAAGAUUUAAAAUGAUGAAUAAAUGUAUAUCACAGAAAAUGCACACAAAACAAAUUACAACGGAUAUUUGUAUUGCGUAAAAUACAGGAUAAGGGAAGAAAUACAAAGUGCAAUUAUCUAUAAUGGCGACUGCCCAGUCCCUAAAAACAGGACAAGCUCCAGUUGAAUGUCAUUUUUGUAAGGGAGGAACUAAAAUUCGAUGGAAAUGUUUAAAUUGUGACGUGUCAAUGUGUAAUCGGUGUAAGGACAACGUUCAUUCAAAGUUAAAAAUUGAUAGUCAGCACGUUGUGGUUGAUAUUAAAGAGUUAGGAAAACAUGGAAAAAUUGAAGAUGCAUUCCCCUUUAGUGAAGUUAAAUGUAACGAACAUAAAGGGCAGGUGUGUUGUCUAUUUUGUAAAACAUGCAGACUAUUAAUCUGUCCAAAAUGCAUGGUCAAAGUUCACAACGGUCAUCAGUUGAUUGAAGACGAAGAAUACAAUAAAAAAAGAGAAAAUCUAAAGGCUGAGCAGAUGAGAAUAGAGGAGAUUUUAUAUAAUUUGGUCAUUGAUAAAGAAAAAUUGACGAAGAUGAAGGAAGCUGAAAAUGAUAAAUAUGCGAUAAUGAAAAAAGAAAUUCUUGCCCAGAAGAAUCGGCUUUUGGAAGAAUUAAGUCAUAGAUGGAAAUCGAUAAGUAAUGCCAUUGAACAAAAAGAGUUUCAAGUUGAAGAAGAAAUGAAACAAAUUCAAAUGAGAAAUGGCAACGUUAAAAAUUUGAUUACUACUAAAGAUUUUGGGUAUUUCUUUGAACAAGUUGAUAAAAUUCAAACAUCAGGGGAAAAAGCAAUGCCACCUACAGGUAGCUUUAACGUAAGCAGCAUGCCAACGUAUAUUCCAGGAAAAAUCGUAAAGUUAUAUGCAGAACAACCAGGCAACAUUGAAUUCAAAAUAUCAAACGAGUGCACUACAGAUCUAAAACAUAUUCAUUACAUUGCUGUUUGUUCUGACGGUACCAUAUGGAUUGCCGAUAAUGUAUCAGCAAAAUUACAGCAUGUCAAACUUGAGGGUAAAUCUGAAGUUAUUUCAAAUUUAAACAUAGAAAUAUUCGGACUAGCUGCCACUGUCUCAAACGAUGCCCUUAUUGCAACUAUAGGGAAAAAACUAAAAAUAGUAAGUUCCAAGACAGGACAGAUAACAGAUUCCAUUUAUGCGGAAAGCUCAUUGUUUCCAAGUUCCAUCCAUAUUACCAAAGACGGAAAAAUUAUCUAAGGG